AUGAUAAAAUACAUAGUUUACUUAGUUGCUUUAAUCUUGACUUUGCUGAGUCUAAUCAUCCUAAGAUAAGCUUAUAAGAGUUUAAGGUUGUGUCUUAUAUAUAGGAAGAAAUAUGGCAAUGAUGUAAAGAUCCUAUUCUAUCCUAUUUUGGGUAUCGGCUAUUUCAUGAAUUAGUCUUUUGAAAAGCACGAUAACAGUUAUGAGUGGAUGAAAAGAAUAGUUAGAGAAAACCCUAAUGUAAAAGCUAUUUUAAUACUUUCUGGCUUGUUUGACAUAAUCAUUCUUUAAGAUGAGAAAUGGGUGAAGAACUUCUCUCAAGAUCACAUAUUGUAUUAUAAAAACGAUGGAAACUUUGGAUAUACUUUUGCUUUCGAAAAAGGACUUUUCUAUAGUAGCUUCGGAGACUGGAAGAGACAAAGAAUUUUCCUUAACAGCAGCUUCCAUUUUGAAUCUCUUAAGUCAUAUGUUCCUAUAAUCAAAGAGUAAACUAAGAAACUUUUGGCAAAUCUAAAGGAAGAAGAUGGUUUUGUCAAGCUUAAUAUCUUCUAAGAGCUGUAAAAAAUAACUUCGGAAAUUAUAACUAUCAGCUACUUUGGUAAAUCUCUUGUUAAUGUCAAGUGCAAGAGUGGAAUUGAACUUUAUAAAGAAAAUAAUGACAUUAUCUAAGACUCUUACAUCUAUAGAUUCACUUCACCAUAUUUUAUUUUAAAAGCCUGCAUAUUUGGAGCUAAGAAAGCAUCUAUGAUUUAUCAUAAUCAAGCUGAAAAGAAAUUAAUAGCUAGAAUGAAAGAUAUCUUCGAGACUUAUGAGAAAAUUAUUGAUGAAGAAUUAGAAAAAAUCAAAAUGUCAAAAAUAGAUCCUAUGGAUAUUCAGCCAAAAACCAUGAUUGAACUCUAUCUAAAGGAAUAUUUGAUUUAAUAGCAAAAUAGAGCAACUAUGAAUCCUAAUGAUAUCUUUGAAAAGAAAGAAAUUAUUCACCAAUUUCUUACAUUCUACUUUGCUGGUUCAGAAACAACUUCUCACUUGGUUGCAAUGACUUUCUAUGAGCUUACUAAAAACCAGUAAAUUUAUGAUAAAUUGAUGAAAGAAAUUAACGAAAAUGCUAAAGACUUUGAUAAAGUUGAGCAUAGUGAUCUCUCUAAAUUUUAAUAUUUAGAUAUUGUAUUUAAAGAAACUGGUCGUUUACACAAUGCAAUUGCAUUCACUUCCCCAAGAGUCACCGAUUAAGAUUACAUAAAAGAAGAUAUGUACUUAAACAAAGAUCUCCUUGUUUGUCACAGAUUAACUUAGUACAGCCAAUAAUGCGAAGUCCUAAAAGAUAGCGAUGAGUAUAUCCCAGAAAGAUACAGCAGAAAUACAAAAGGUUUUAGUAGUUUCGAUGUUAUUCCUUUCUCAACAGGUCCAAGAAACUGUAUUGGACAGCAUUUAGCCCUCAUUAAAUCGAAGUUCCUUGUCAUUUAUUUCUUGAAAAACUUUGAAUUAAAAGAACUUCCAGGUUAUAAGUUGCGUACCAUGCAAAAACUUAGUAAUCACCCUAUCGAUGAAGAAAUAGUUUUGAUUAAAAGAAAAAAAUAAUGA